AUGUCCGCCAAGGUGAGAGCGUCCAUUCAGGGAGUCGUUGACCAUAUCUUUUCGACUCAUAACUUGAUAAAGAUUCUGAAGGGCAGAAAUUCUUUAAAGAAGUCCAAACCGGCUAUACUACUAUCCUUUCCAGACUGCAACUGCUGUCUCUCCGACAAACAUAUGCCGUCCGAAACACAUCUAGACUUGGAUUCUCUUGGAAUUGAUUCUAUAGCGAUAAACAAGUUGGAGUCCCCCAAGGACGCUAUGGUGUCGUUCAUGUAUCGAGUUGGUCCCACAAACGCCUCUAGCCCCAUAGAGAGUCCGUGUAGGACCCGGCUGCCCCACGAUAUCCUUGUCGUUGGGCAUGUAUAUGUGUCUAAUUACGUCAAAUAUGUGACUAGCUUUGCCCCUUCUCUUAUUUAUCGCGUUAUACUGCAGAUUGAUACCUCCAAAAGCAAAUUCAUAGAUUUUCUUGAGAGCGCUUCAAACGGUACUUCUUCGCUUUGUAGUAGCAGCAUGCUAGAGGACUCUAGCUGCCUGUCAGUGGCCAGCAGUCUGAUGUCGUCGUUCUCCUUUGCAAGCAAAGAUCUGGGCGGCACCUCCCGCAUAUCGACUUACAAAAUAAAGCCAUACGGCGGCGAGACAGUCGAGAUAACUAAGCCUCUGAUGAAGGAGAUGACCAAGUAUUGGAGCGGUGCAAUUGGAUCGUCAUUCAAAAAGGCGUACUAUUCGUCUAAUACGGUAUGGAUUGUGGUGGAGAAAAAUACUAUUGUCACGACAGAGGACGAUAGCAGGGUAUUUACUCUUUGUAAUGUUACUUGGGUCAUUCUAAACUGA